AUGAACGUCAUGAAUUCAAAAAGGGAUGACUUGACGGAGAUGAAAUUUCUAAUCUCAAAGUUGAAAGAGAAUGGAUAUGCUUAUUACAUAAGAGAAAAAUGUGAAAGUAAAACUGUUCAAGACUUAUUUUGGACUCAUCCAACAUCGGUAAAAUUGUUUAACAAUUUUCCAACUGUUUUGAUAAUGGAUUCCAUGUACAAAACAAACUUGUACAUGAUGCCAUUGUUUGAAAUAGUUGAACUCACUUCAACCUAUUUGACAUAUUCGGUUGGUUUUGCAUUUAUGAUGUCGGAGAAGGAGGAUAACUUUACUUGGGCUUUGCAAAUGUUGCUGAAACUUCGUAACCGAAAUAAUGAUAUGCCUAAGGUGGUAGUGACCGAUAGGGACACGACUAUGAUGAAUGUCGUAGAAAAUGUUUUCCCUGAUAGUAGUGUAAUACUUUGUUAUUUUCAUGUUGGGAAAAAUGUUAGAGAAAAAAUCAUCACCGAUUGUAAAGUUAAACAAAAUGUUGUGGUAAUGGAUGGACAACAUGGGAGGAUGAAUUUUUGGAUCAACACAACCGUUUCCAAACACUCAUAG